AUGGGAAUGUGGGAGGAAGCGAGUGACCCAGUGAUGGGGAAGAAGGAUAAAAAUGAGGAGCGGAAGGAGAGAAUCCUGAAUCUCACACUGGAGAUUAUCUAUCUGCUGACUGGAGAGGGCUACGUCAUCCCUAAGAAGAAGAGCCCAACUGUGGGUUUGGGGGCCCUGCAUGCCCCUGGCUCCGUCAUACAGAAGGAAAAUGACAAGAAGAUCCUGGAACUCAUCUCCAACAUCAUCCAGCUGCUGACUGGAGAGGUUGCCAUAAGGUGUGAGGAUGUUUCCAUCUAUUUUUCCUUGGAGGAGUGGGAGUAUAUAAAAGGAAACAAGGCCCUUUACAGGGAAGGGAUAAAGGAGGAGGAGGAGGAGCCCCAGCAGCUCCGCCCACUGGCAGCCUGUGAGUAUAAAGAUGGGAGCGAUGUUACAGCACAUACGGAAGCAACUUUAUGUUGUAAUAAUGAUGGGAAUCUCACAAACCCUGAUGUUUCUCCAGCGGAACAGCCCCCAUCGGCCAAUGGGAUUAAAGAGGAGGCGGCUUCAUGUGAAGGGAGAAACCAAUCAAAUUGCAGCAUUAAUCCCCUUACAGAACAGAUACAGGGAACAGACACACCUACUCCUAUCAUGGGGUGCAGCCUGAAUUUCAUAGAAAUGAAGGGUAAUAAUUAUUAUAUGAAUUCCCACCAAUCUCCACAUAAAUCUCACAUGAAAAAUAUAUCAUGCGGGAAAAACAGCUGCAAUGAGAGUCAUGAACAUUUUAAUUCUAAUGGAGACUUUAAAAAACAUCGGAGAACCCACACAGGGGAAACAUCUUUUUCUUGUUCAGAAUGUGGAAAAUGUUUUUCAGACAAAUCUCACCUUGAUCAUCAUCAAAGGACUCACACGGGGGAGAAACCAUUUUCUUGUUCUGAAUGUGGGAAAUGUUUUUCAAGCAAAUUUCAUCUUGAUCGUCAUCAAAGGACUCACACGGGGGUGAAACCAUUUUCUUGUUCUGAAUGUGGGAAAUGUUUUUCAAACAAAUCUCACCUUGCUCGUCAUCAAAGGACUCACACAGGGGAGAAACCAUUUUCUUGUUCUGAAUGUGGGAGAUGUUUUUCAAACAAAUUUAUUCUUGAGCAUCAUCAAAGGACCCACACAGGGUUGGAACAAUGUUCUUGUUCUGAAUGUGGAAAAUGUUUUUCAGACCAAUCCAACCUUAAAACUCAUCAUAGAACCCACACAGGGGAGAAACCAUUUUCUUGUUCUGAAUGUGGGAAAUGUUUUCCAACGCAAUCUGAGCUUCAUUGUCAUAAAAGGACUCACACAGGGGAGAAACCAUUUUCUUGCUCUGAAUGUGGGAAAUGUUUUUCAAACAAAUCUGACCUUGCUCGUCAUCAAAGGACUCACACAGGGGUGAAACCAUUUUCUUGUUCUGAAUGUGGGAAAUGUUUUUCAAACAAAUCUCACCUUGCUCGUCAUCAAAGGACUCACACAGGGGAGAAACCAUUUUCUUGUUCUGAAUGUGGGAGUUGUUUUUCAAACAAAUUUAUUCUUGAGCGUCAUCAAAAGAUUCACACAGGGGAGAAACCAUUUUCUUGUUCUGAAUGUGGGAAAUGUUUUUCAGACCAAUUCCACCUUAAAACUCAUCAUAGAACCCACACAGCGGAGAAACCAUUUUCUUGUUCUAAAUGUGGGAAAUGUUUUCCAACGCAAUCUGAGCUUCAUUGUCAUAAAAGGACUCACACAGGGGAGAAACCAUUUUCUUGCUCUGAAUGUGGGAAAUGUUUUUCAGACCAAUCCCACCUUAAAACUCAUCAUAGAACUCACACAGGGGAGAAACCAUUUUCUUGUUCUAAAUGUGGGAAAUGUUUUUCAAUGCAAUCUGAGCUUCAUUGUCAUAAAAGGACUCACACAGGGGAGAAACCAUUUUCUUGCUCUGAAUGUGGGAAAUGUUUUUCAGACCAAUUCCACCUUAAAACUCAUUAUAGAACCCACACAGGGGAGAAACCAUUUUCUUGCUCUGAAUGUGGGAAAUGUUUUAUGGGAAUGUGGGAGGAAGCGAGUGACCCAGUGAUGGGGAAGAAGGAUAAAAAUGAGGAGCGGAAGGAGAGAAUCCUGAAUCUCACACUGGAGAUUAUCUAUCUGCUGACUGGAGAGGGCUACGUCAUCCCUAAGAAGAAGAGCCCAACUGUGGGUUUGGGGGCCCUGCAUGCCCCUGGCUCCGUCAUACAGAAGGAAAAUGACAAGAAGAUCCUGGAACUCAUCUCCAACAUCAUCCAGCUGCUGACUGGAGAGGUUGCCAUAAGGUGUGAGGAUGUUUCCAUCUAUUUUUCCUUGGAGGAGUGGGAGUAUAUAAAAGGAAACAAGGCCCUUUACAGGGAAGGGAUAAAGGAGGAGGAGGAGCCCCAGCAGCUCCGCCCACUGGCCUGUGAGUAUAAAGAUGGGAGCGAUGUUACAGCACAUACGGAAGCAACUUUAUGUUGUAAUAAUGAUGGGAAUCUCACAAACCCUGAUGUUUCUCCAGCGGAACAGCCCCCACCAGCCAAUGGGAUUAAAGAGGAGGCGGCUUCAUGGGAAGGGGAAAACCAAUCAGAUUGCAGCAUUAAUCCCCUUACAGAACAGAUACAGGGAACAGACACGCCUACUCCUAUCAUGGGGUGCAGCCUGAAUACCUUACAAAUGAAGGGUAAUAAUUACAAUGAAAAUGCCUACCCAUCUCUACAGAAAUCUGACAAAAAAAAUAAAUUACUUGGGAAAUACAGCUGCAAUGAGUGUCAUAAACAUUUUACUCAGAAGAAAAACUUAAAUAAACAUCAGAGAACCCACACAGGGGAGAAGCCAUUUUCUUGUUCUGAAUGUGGAAAAUCUUUUUCAACAAAACCUGAACUUGAUCUUCAUCACAAAACCCACACAGGGGAGAAACCAUUUCCUUGUUCUGAUUGUGGGAAAUGUUUUACAAAUAUUUCUAAUCUUAUUCGUCAUCAAAGGACUCACACAGGGGAAAAACCAUUUUCUUGUUCUGAAUGUGGGAAAUGUUUCACAAAUGUUUCUAAUCUUAUUCGUCAUCAAAGGACUCACACAGGGGAAAAACCAUUUUCUUGUUCUGAAUGUGGAAAAUCUUUUUCAACAAAACCAGAACUUGAUAUUCAUCAUAGAACUCACACAGGGGAGAAACCAUUUCCUUGUUCUGAUUGUGGGAAAUGUUUUACAAAUAUUUCUAAUCUUAUUCGUCAUCGAAGGACUCACUCAGGGGAAAAACCAUUUUCUUGUUCUGAAUGUGGGAAAUGUUUUUCAAAUGGAUCUAACGUUAUACGUCAUCGCAGAACCCACACUGGGGAGAAACCAUUUUCUUGUUCUGAAUGUGGAAAUUCUUUUUCAACAAAACCUGAACUUGAUCGUCAUUACAAAACCCACACAGGGGUGAAACCAUUUUCUUGCUCUCAAUGUGGGAAAUGUUUUAUAACAAAACCAGAACUUGAUGUUCAUCAUAGAACCCACACAGGGGAGAAACCAUUUUCUUGCUCUGAAUGUGGGAAAUGUUUUACAAAUGUUUCUAAUCUUAUUCGUCAUCAAAGGACUCACACAGGGGAAAAACCAUUUUCUUCAACUUUAUGUUGUAAUAAUGAUGGGAAUCUCACAAAUCCUGAUGUUUCUCCAGCGGAACAGCCCCCACCAGCCAAUGGGAUUAAAGAGGAGGCGGCUUCAUGUGAAGGGGGAAACCAAUCAGAUUGCAGCAUUAAUCCCCUUACAGUACAGAUACAGGGAACAGACACACCUACUCCUAUCAUGGGGUGCAGCCUGAAUAACAGCUCGGCAGAGGAUUAUACAUUGGUUGUUAUUAAAGAGGAAGAAUCUUCAUGUGAAGGGGGAGGCCAAUCAGAUUGCAGAAUAAAUCCGCAGAUGCAGGGAACAGACACACCUACUCCUAUCAUGGGGUUCAGCCUGAAUAUCUUACAAAUGAAGGGUAAUAAUUACAAUGAAAAUGCCUACCCAUCUCCACAGAAAUCUGACAAAAAAAAUAAAUUACUUGGGAAAUACAGCUGCAAUGAGUGUCAUAAACAUGUUACUCAGAAGAACGACUUUGAUAAACAUCAUAGAACCCACACUGGGGAGAAACCAUUCUCCUGUUCUGAUUGUAGGAAAUCUUUUUCAACAGAACCUGAACUUGAUCGUCAUCACAAAACCCACACAGGGGAGAAACCAUUUUCUUGUUCUGAUUGUGGGAAAUGUUUUAUAACAAAACCAGAACUUGAUCGUCAUCAUAGAACCCACACAGGGGAGAAACCAUUUUCCUGUUCUGAUUGUGGGAAAUGUUUUACAAAUGUAUCUAAUCUUAUUCGUCAUCAAAGGACUCACACAGGGGAAAAACCAUUUUUUUGUUCUGAAUGUGGGAAAUGCUUUUCAAAUGGAUCUAACCUUAUUCGUCAUCGCAGAACCCACACAGGGGAGAAACCAUUUUCUUGUUGCGAAUGUGGAAAAUGUUUUUCAAAGCAAUCUCACCUUGAUCGUCAUCAAAGGACUCACACAGGGGAGAAACCAUUUUCUUGUUCUGAAUGUGGGAAAUUGUUUUCAAAUGUAACAAACCUUAUUCGACAUCAAAGGAUUCAUACGGGGGAGAAACCAUUUGCUUGUUCUAUAUGUGGGAAAUGUUUUUCAAACCCAUCCCACCUUAAAACUCAUCUUAGAACCCACACAGGGGAGAAACCAUAUUCUUGUUCUGUAUGUGGGAAAUGUUUUUCAAGCUCAUCUUACCGUUAUCAUCAUCAAAGAACUCACACAGGGGAGAAACCAUUAUCUUGUUCUAAAUGAGGAAAAUUAUUUGCCUUGAACCGUAGUCUUAAGCUGGCCAUAUACACACAAAUAUUAUCGUAGGAAACCUUGUUUCGAAUAAUAUUCUGUGAGUGUGUGGUGGAUCAUCGAUGCGACCAAUCUUACAAAAGCUUCGGAUAUCGAUCGUCUCGUUGGUCGGGUGGGACAAAAGAUUUGAUUGGAGCCUGAGCAAAAUCUGCAUUUAGGGCUGAAUCAUCAGGCCGAGGUAGAAUCCC